AGAGAGAGAGAGAGAGAGAGAGAGAGAGAGAGGUUGAAGAUGAUAAGCGCAGAAGAUUUUUACAAGGUGAUGUGCGCGAUGGUACCGCUGUACUUUGCGAUGAUAGUGGCAUACGGGUCGGUGAAGUGGUGGAAGAUAUUUACGCCAGAGCAGUGCUCCGGCAUAAACAGGUUCGUUGCCGUUUUCGCAGUUCCGGUGCUCUCAUUCCACUUUAUCGCCCAGAACAACCCUUACCAGAUGGACACCAAGUUCAUCCUCGCCGACACUGUCUCCAAGCUCGUCGUCCUCCUCCUCCUCUCCCUCUCCGCCGCCUUCGUCGGCCUCCCGCUCGACUGGCUCAUCACCCUCUUCUCACUCGCUACUCUCCCCAACACCCUCGUCAUGGGAAUCCCACUCCUCAGCGCCAUGUACGGCGACUUCACCCAGAGCCUCAUGGUGCAACUCGUCGUCCUCCAAUGCAUCAUCUGGUACACUCUUCUUCUUUUUCUGUUCGAGUACAGAGCCGCCACGAUACUAAUCCGGAACCAGUUUCCGGGACCCACCGCCGCCGCCUCCAUCUCCAAAUUCGAGAUCGACGGCGACGUCAUUUCACUGGACGGGCGCGACCCGCUGUGCACCGACUCGGAGGUCGACGGCGCCGGCCGCAUCCGCGUCCGCAUCCGACGGUCCACGUCAACCGCCCCUGACUUGGCGUUCUCGACGUCCAUGGGGAUCACUCCCCGCGCCUCGAACCUCUCCGGCGCCGAUAUUUUCUCCGUCAACACGCCGGCGCAGCCGCACGAGUUCAGCCACGGGAACGGCGACGUUGAGUUUGGGUAUCGAACGAUGAUGAGCCCUCAGUUGUCCGGGUACGCGUCGUCGGACGCGUACUCGCUGCAGCCAACGCCGCGGCCGUCGAACUUCAACGAGGUGGACGCGACGACGGCAACAACAACGGCGGUGAACACGCCGAUUGGGGUGAGGUCGCCGGUGGGGGGGAAGGUUUUCCUGCAGCAGUCGCCUACUUUUUCUGGGAUGAAAAUAGCGUGGGAGUCGCCGGCGAAGCUUCAGGCAACUAAUGGCGGGGAUGAGAGACAACGGUACUGCAAGGAUGUUGGAGAGAAAGAGCCGAGCUUUAGAGACACGUCAAAGUAUCCGCCGGCGGCGGCGGAGGAAGAAGCAGAAAUGAAGGGGAGUGGGGCGGCGGGGAAUCAGGCGAUGCCGCAUGCGGCGGUGCUCCUGAGAUUGAUACUCGUCGUGGUUGGCCGGAAGCUUGCCCGCAAUCCCAAUACUUACUCCAGCGUCUUUGGCCUUCUAUGGUCUCUAGUCUCCUUCAAAUGGAAUGUUGGGAUGCCAAGUUUGAUAAAAUACUCAAUAAAGAUAAUUUCAGAUGCAGGUCUUGGGAUGGCCAUGUUCAGUUUAGGUCUGUUUAUGGCACUUCAGCCAAGAAUAAUUGCAUGUGGGACGAAAAGGGCAACAAUGGGGAUGGUGAUACGUUUCAUCAGCGGACCUGCCCUAAUGUCAGCUGCAUCUGUAGCCGUUGGAUUGAGGGGCGAACGUCUACGUACGGCUAUCGUACAGGCAGCUCUUCCGCAAGGAAUUGUACCAUUUGUGUUUGCAAGGGAAUAUGGGCUGCAUCCCGACAUUCUAAGCACUGGGGUUAUUUUUGGGAUGCUAGUUUCCUUGCCCGUAACUCUCCUCUAUUACAUUUUCCUAGGCCUAUGAAUGAAUAUCAAGAAGAGAAAAGGAUUAGAUGAUAAGAAAAACUUAUAUCAUGAAGUAUCGUAGAACUGUAUCAAGUAAACAAUUUGAUCUUUCACAAUCAUACAAUGUUACAAUUUUAACGAAGAUGACACCAUAUCUCGUGAUACCUAAGUUUUUUCUUGAACCAUUAUCAACCUUCUCCAUUAUGGGUAUUGUGAGGCCGACAAAGGAAUGAAAACAAAAACGAAAAACAAAAGCAAAGAAAAGCACUUUUUUUAAUAAAGCAAGCAAGCAGGCAGGCAUGUGGAGCAGCGUAGGUGCAUGAUAUGUCCCCAAAACCUCCUUCAUGCCAACCAUCCAUGUCUGGUGUUGGUCCCAAUGCGAUGAGCAUAGCCAACACAUACGAAUUGUAUUUGAGUCAUAUAUGUAUUCUAUCUUUAUAAUGCUUUUGAGCGAGAUCAAUGGUCCACUUUUUUUCUAAUGGCGGUGACGGAUGAAGCAUGCAUGCAUGGAUUCUGAUGCAGACAAGAUUAUUGACUGCCCAUGGCAUAUGGACUCACGUGGUGAUCAAUGGUUUCAAAGCCAGAAAGCUAGAAUGGAUUGUUGCAGCUACCAAAGCAGAGUACAUGAGCAUUAGGGUUUUAGGUAGUAGGGAGGGUAGGUAGAUAGAGUAGCUUUGAGGAAUUGAAGGGUUACUGUCCUAGUACAAUAUAGGUUAGUGGUGGCCGAAAGAAACAAUAAAAAUUGUGAUCAUGACUUAUGAUAAGGGUAGGAGCCUUGUAUUUUCUCUUCUUUUCUAUUAUUAUUAUUAUUUUUUUUCUGAUUGAUGGGCGUGUAAAAAGCUGUGCAAACCAAUAUGUUUGACCCAAGAAAAAAAGAAAAAGGCAAAGUCAUUUCAUUA